GGAUGGACAGGACUUAACUCAUUAUUUAGAAAAUAAUGGACCAUUGGAAGAAGCCAGAGUAAAAAAAUGAUCGGUGCUCAAGUGGCUUCGGCCAUAAUGUAUAUUCAUAAUCGAGGAAUCAUUCACGGGACAUCGAACCCAAUAACGUCAUUCUGUGAAGUUCCGUUAGAGGGCAACGUAUUAUUGCGAACAGGAAACAAAUAAAACGAGAUUGGAAGAUGAAAGCUUCAUCAGUAUCGUUUCUAAUGCUGUUUUUAAUAAUAAGAAAGACUCAUUCUACUAUACUUUGUUCUUCUAUCAAUCCUGUCAACUGUAGAUGUUACGAAGCGACUCUUCUGGAACCAGAAGAAGAAGUGCGUAUUAGUUGCCCUGAUUUUAGAUCAUACAUAGUAGAAUAUACCAUUAAUUAUGGAAUGAAAUUAGAAUGCUUAACUCCAGAAUCUCCUUACGUUCCUGCACUUUUUAAAAAUAUGAAUACUACCGAAAUCGUCAGUUUCGAAUUCACUCAUUGCCCACCGCCUAAUAUAUCAUUCAGUGAAGUAUUGGAAGGAUACACAGUGAAUUCCUUAAAGUUUAUCAGUAACAAUAAUAGCAUAAAAUCUGAAAGUUUUGAAAGAUUGAACGAUUUGCUGACUCUUAUUCUCCAACGUAAUUAUAUUCCUUUCAUUUCCAAAGAUCUCUUCCGACAUGUAAAACAAUUACAAGUCCUCCGACUUAAUGAUAAUCGUAUACAAAAAUUGGAUGACGAAUCAUUCAGUUAUCUUUCAAAUCUCACACAUUUAGAAUUAGGUGGAAAUCCAAUCGAAAUCCUUCCCGAGAAAGUCUUUUUUAGACUUUACAAUUUAAAAGUUCUUCACAUAUAUAAAAUUCAAUUAAAAAACUUAUCCAAAGAUAUUUUUAAAGAUCUUUCAUCGUUAAAAAUACUCGACAUAUCAAGCAAUUAUCUAGAAAAACUUCCAGAUUCAAUAUUUGAUUAUCUUCUUAACGUUGAACAGAUAAAUUUAAGAAGUAAUAAAUUAAAAUAUCUUCCAGAAAAUUUAUUUAGAUCUACUUUAAAAUUGAAAGUAUUAGACUUUGGUAGAAAUUAUGAAUUAGAUGUAUUGCCCGAAACUUUUUUAUUUACUUCACAAAAAUUAGAAAAUAUCGCCAUGGAUAACUGUAACAUUAGUUCUAUACCUGACAAUUUCUUUUCGCACGCUAACGAAUUGAAGAUCAUUAAAAUCAAUAAUAAUAGGAUUUAUUCUUUAUCAAAUGGCCUCUUUCAAAAUAAUUCAAAUCUGAGGAAAUUAUACAUGAAUUAUAAUCGCCUAACAACUCUUCCAUCUGAAAUUUUCAAGAAGCAAUAUAGAUUAGAAGCAUUAGGAAUUUCUAAGAAUAAUCUUCAAUAUCUUCCAAGAAAUAUAUUCUGGGAUCUUAUAAAUUUGAAGGUCAUCAAUUUAUCUUAUAAUAAUAUUACAUAUUUGGAACCAGACAUAUUUAAAAAUAUGGUAGAAUUAGAAGUAUUCGAUAUAAGUAAUAAUAAAUUAACUAAAAUACACGAAUUAGGUAUUCGUAAUUUAAGAAAAAUUAAUAUUUGUAAAAAUCAAUUAACAGAAUUUCCAAAUUUUAAUUGGAAUGUUAAUUUGGAAGAGAUAAAUCUUCAAUACAAUAAUAUUAAAUCUUUGACCAUUCCACUUGUAAUUUCCCAAAGAACAAUAAUAAAAUUGGGAUGGAAUAACAUUUCUUACAUUAAUAUUUCCGAAUUAAUUGCGAUUCGUAACGAUUAUAAUGUUCAAAAAAUUGUUUUUUCACCUCCAAAAUGGUUCUUUUUUCCGAAUCCAAUUUCUUGUGACUGCCAUAUUUAUCGUUUUGUGUCAUUUAUUAACGAUGUGAAAACUUCUUCCAAAGAACUGAUUUUAGACGAAUUUGCAGAUUUUGACGAUCUCGCCUGCUCGCAGCCGAAAGAAUUAUACGGGAAGAAACUAUUUAAACUUGAUUUCGAUGAAUUUAAAUGUAGAAUAACCGAAAAUUGUCCUUCAUAUUGUAAUUGUACGAUAACUGAAGAUGGUAAAAUAUCGGUAAACUGCAGCAAUCAAAGAUUAAAAAGGUUUCCAGACAUUGCACCCUUGAAUGCUACAAUACUUGAUCUAUCCGGCAACAAUCUUACUAGUUUGAAUGAUUUAAGAAAGACAAUUUGGCAAAAUGUCACAGAAGUCCGUUUAAAUAACAAUAAUAUAAAUGUUUUCGAAGAUUGGAAUUAUUUGAGUAACUUAAAAAAAUUGUCUCUGGACCAUAACUCGUUGAGAGUUUUGCCAUAUAAUUUUAUGGAUUAUGUAGAAAAUCAACCUGAAUUUGAAAUUUCUUUAGGAAACAAUCCAUGGCAAUGUGAUUGCAAAACUAUCCAUUUGAAAACAUGGCUUAAUAAAAAUUAUAAUAAAAUCAAUGAUAUUAAUAAAGUUUAUUGUAAAAAUAAAAGAGAUAAAAAUGGGACAAUGAACUUGAUCAGAGUACCAAAUGACAUUAUUUGUCCAUCGGAUAACUGGCAGAAUAAAAAUCAGUUGACCAUUUUAAUUGUCAUUACAACAGUAAUAACAUUGUUAAUAUUUAUCAUAUUGAUUCUUUUUUAUAAAAAUAGGAAUACUGUAAUAGCUUGCCUUUUAUUUUCAUUUUAAUUUUAUUUUCUUUUGUCAUACAAUAAAGGCAAAUUGAAGAUAAACCAUUUGAUACCAGUAAGAGUUGUAUAUAAUGAAAUCAGUACGGGUUAAAAGUAUGUAGUAGAUUUUAAUUUAUUAAACAUAUAUAUACAGUAUAUAUGUUGUAUAAUAAAUAAAUUAAUACAUGUAUAUAUGUAUCAUGUAUUAUAUACAGGA